AAAUGUGUCCGGUGCUUUGCGGGUACGUAAACAAUUAAUUAAGUUCAUUCAGUGAAUUUUCAAAGACAAAUUUAGUGAAAUGAGUAAGAAAAUGCUUCUAAACAGUCGUGGGAGUUGUCUGAAAGUGAAAAGUGGUUGGUGACUACACAGAAAUGAGCGAUAAACAAGAAUCAAAGCCCACGGAAGAUCUGCCACCACAGCAGUCUCGAAGUCCUCUUCAGGAUGCAAUCGGCGGCAGGCUCGACCCGUUUGAAGCGCUCUACGCGCCUUCGUCCUCGGCUCGUCAAAAGGAUUUCAAAAUCUACGACAAUUUGGCGCAAUUCGACGCGGCCCUCAAGAGACUGGGAGUAUUCGCCGUUGGCAGCAAGACAGCGCCACCACCGAAGCCUCAACCCAAACCCACCACGGCAGAAGACAGCAAGUAUCUCAACAUCCCUGGACGCAGAUUUUUAGCACAUCAAGCUCCGAUCCCAACCAAAGGCGCAAAGCCAAAGCAUUCUCGGUCGUUGUUCAUUAAAAUGGAAGACAUCGAGGGCCCGAUGGCGGCCUUUUGGACCUACGUGGAAAAGGGGCAGCGAGUUAAGGUGUACACUCGCAAGGAAAAGGGUGUCCGAGGCAUUACCACUGGAAUUUUGAAGAUCUUCGACAAGAACUGGAACAUUGUAUUGGAAGAUGCUUGCGAGGUUUGGAAGCGGAGGAAGUACAAGUACAGUGAGACCCCAGUUUGUACUGGCGAAGCUAAGGAUUGCUCCCAUCGACUUAGGAAAUUAGGAAUUCGGUUGCCUAAAACGGAAGUUAAAAGUGUGCACAGGAAAUAUGUGGAAUGCUCGAGGAGGAUCAAACAGUUGAUGAUUCGAGGGGAGCAAAUUGUAUUGAUCACGCCUGAUGAUGGUCAGAAAGGAUGAGUGAAUUGACGCAAAUUAUUUUUAUACCGAAAU